CUCUCUGGCUUCCUGGUAUUUUCAAACAAGGAGCGCCGGAGUAUCACUUUUCCGUGCGUGGCUCGGAGCCGGUCCGGACCCCAGAUUCUCUAAGGUCACGGCCCGGUGCCGCGAACCUCGGUGGAAAACUCAUCCAUGGGAUAUACAUGCAAAUGUCGAUCGAUCCACAUUUUCCACUCGUCUUCUUUCUUAUCGCCAAAAUGUCUCUCCAAUACCUUCAAGCAGCCCGCAAAAUCGUCUGCAUCGGACGUAACUACCAUGCCCAUAUCAAAGAACUCAACAAUGCUACUCCUCAGCUGCCAUUCUUCUUCCUCAAGCCCACCACCUCUCUCUUGGCUCCAGGCGCCGGUGCUAUCCAGUUGCCUAAAGGUGUAACCACCCACCACGAGAUUGAGUUGGCAGUGAUUCUCAACAGGGACUUGGUCAACUUGCCAGACAGCUUCAGCUCCCAGGAUGCAUUGAACGCCAUUUCCGGGUACGCUUUGGCCAUUGACUUGACUGCCCGUAACGUGCAAGACGAAGCCAAGAAAAAGGGUUUGCCGUGGUCCAUCGGUAAGGGUUUCGACACCUACUGCCCAAUGUCGCCAUUUAUCCCAAAGGAGGCCAUUGAGGACCCAUACAAGUUGACCAUCUGGUUGAAGGUCAACGGUCAGACCAGGCAGAAUGACUCCACCGGUUUGAUGAUCACUAAGAUUGACGAAAUCCUCAGAACUAUGUCCCGUGUCAUGACGUUGCAGAAGGGGGACAUUAUUUUGACCGGGACCCCGCAGGGUGUCAGUACCUUGGAGGUUGGUGACAAGGUUGAGUGUGGCUUGGAGGACGAAAGCGGCGUUCCAGUCCCUAACGGUGAGAUCCAUGUCGGCUGUGUCGCCAAGGAAGGUCCAUACGUCUAUAGAGAAACUUAGAUAGUUGGAACACAAGCAUAGUAAAUAGUUUGUAUCAUGAAACGUAAGGUGGAUGGCCUAAAAAAGAGGAUUGUACAGGCAUGUUUCCUUUUGAAUGCUAAGAUGGUUCAGUGGCGUGAAUGAGGGAUAUAACUGGAUAAUAGACGAGGUCUUACAUAGGCCUCUUUGUUUGCCUGAAACGACGCGGUAUCACAAAAUAUGGGCUAAAAGUGAAUUGUGGGAAAU